AUGGCAAUUGAUGGUUUAUAUGCAAGCCUGGUUUAUGUCGAUGAGACAAACUCCAGUACUACCUAUGUCUUCAACACCAAACCACAGAGCCUGAUGCGCUGGGAAGCUAUUCUUGACUUCCGUUUUGAGAUCCAGCGUUACUGGCAAAGUCUGGUCAAUAUUGCACAAAAACAAGAUCUUCCAGGCCUUCACAUUCUGUUGGAGUCCUUCCCAACUUCCGCCCACUUAUACGAUGCUGCUAUAUUUACCUUUCGCAACACCUUGACAGGUUCCGAGCCAGGUGAUCUUCACGGUAUCUUUGCGCUUUGUAGCUUAUCUUAUCUUGCUUUAAGACAUUCCCAGAAAAUCGGCAAGCCAGCUGCUGAUAAUAUUUUUUACGACAUCAAUAUCUGGCGGGACUUAAUUGGUGAUCCUCAGAAUCGCCAACUGUUCAGCAGUCUUAUUCAACGGCUUUGGGACGACAUGACAGCUUCCUGUUAUCAAACAGAACAGUUCUUAGAUCCAGACUCUCUCGUCAAUGGCCAGGAUUGCAUAUCAUCUCAGAGUGCAGUCAUGCAAGACAUCUCGUCAUUGGGCGAUUUUGCCGACCCGUUCUGGGGCGGUCUCUUCGAGGUACCCGGUUCUCUCCAGCGGCCUAAUUUUCAGAUGUCGGACACUACUCCGGGGUCGCACUCCACUGUACUCGACGCCGCAAAGCCCCAGCUCUCAACUGGAGAUCUACGCCAAUCGGCAGUCAUGAACAUCCUGACAAGCUUCAUCGCCAAUUGCGGAGAUCUAGUGGACAUUUUCAGUGGACAAGCAGCGACCGCGAAAGGUCCUCAUUCUGAUGUUUCCUUGGAGGUCAAGAACUUCACACAGGCUCUGAGGCGACAUGACUGCUUCGGAGACCCAUCUUCUCGUGGAAUACUCGCUGUUGUGGACAGAUUUGUGGACCUGAAUUAUUUCCAAAACAUCGAUGAGGUUCAAGACUACAUAAUAAUUGUCGGAAAGGAAAUACUUUCCAGUGGCCAAACCCUUGCAAAAGUCUGCAAAGCUGUGUAUUCGUCCACAGACAUGAUAAAGAUGCCCCAAGUAGCACGACGCCAGCGCGCAGAUCGCCCUCCAGAGCGAAAGCUGUAA